AUUUAUAGCGGCCCCCAGCAUUCCCCGCCCCCCACCUUCGUUGUUAUCCAACUUCUCACGGAGCAGCCGGAGAGCAGGCGUCGGGACGCAGCAGACAGAGGAGACCCCACAGCCAGGAGGAAUAAGAACCCUGACCCCUAGUCCCUUUGCAUCCAGCCAAUAGGAACUCAGUCACCAUGGCAGAGCUGCAGGAGGUGCAGAUCACCGAGGAGAAGCCACUGUUGCCAGGGCAGACACCUGAGGUGGCCAAGGAGGCUGAGUUAGCUGCCCGAAUCCUCCUGGACCAGAGACAGACUCACUCUGUGGAGACACCUUAUGGCUCUGUUACUUUCACUGUCUAUGGCACUCCCAAACCCAAACGCCCAGCAAUACUCACCUACCAUGAUGUGGGACUCAAUUACAAAUCUUGCUUCCAGCCGCUGUUUCAAUUUGGGGAUAUGCAGGAAAUCAUUCAGAACUUUGUGCGGGUUCAUGUGGAUGCCCCUGGAAUGGAAGAAGGGGCUCCUGUCCCUUUGGGAUACCAGUACCCUUCUUUGGACCAGCUUGCAGACAUGAUCCCUUGCAUCCUGCAGUACUUAAAUUUCUCCACAAUAAUUGGAGUUGGUGUUGGAGCUGGAGCCUACAUCCUGUCACGAUAUGCUCUUACACACCCGGACACAGUGGAAGGUCUUGUUCUCAUCAACAUUGAUCCCAAUGCCAAGGGCUGGAUGGACUGGGCAGCCCACAAGCUAACGGGCCUCACCUCUUCCAUUCCGGAGAUGAUCCUUGGACAUCUUUUCAGCCAGGAAGAGCUGUCCAGAAAUUCUGAGUUGAUACAAAAGUAUAGAAAUAUCGUUAUGCAUGCACCCAACCUGGAGAACAUUGAACUGUACUGGAACAGCUACAACAACCGUCGAGACCUGAACUUUGAGCGCGGUGGUGAGAUCACCCUCAAGUGCCCUGUGAUGCUGGUGGUAGGAGACCAAGCACCCCAUGAAGAUGCAGUGGUGGAAUGUAACUCAAAACUGGACCCCACCCAGACCUCGUUUCUCAAGAUGGCUGACUCUGGAGGUCAGCCCCAGCUGACUCAACCAGGCAAGUUGACUGAGGCCUUCAAGUACUUCCUGCAAGGCAUGGGCUAUAUGGCCUCAUCCUGCAUGACUCGCCUGUCCCGGUCUCGCACAGCCUCUCUGACCAGUGCAGCAUCUGUCGAUGGCAACCGGUCCCGCUCUCGCACCCUGUCCCAGAGCAGCGAGUCUGGGACUCUUCCUUCAGGGCCCCCAGGGCACACCAUGGAGGUCUCUUGCUGAAUGACCCUUCGUGUCCUGGUGUGGGACCCAGUCCUUACCUCCUGCAGCACUAACCUGGGAGGUGUGGAAGGGCAUUGGGCCAGAGUAAGCAAGGAAAAUGGGCAGAUCAUGCAGGGAGAUGAUCUUGAUCUUUGAUUGCUACCCUAACCUUGACCUUUAACCUGUGACUCCCCCAGCUCCUGGGAGAGAUGUCCUAAUAUCUCUUAGGGACCCAGACCCCUACAUUAUCCCCUCUCCCAUUUUGGUGUGAAGGAGAAGGUGUGUGUUCUCUCUGAUCCAGGUGUCAGUAGAUGAGGGAUAAGAGGCUGUAUGGUUGUCAUGGUGCCUCUGUCAGACUCUCCAUACUUAUCCCAGAUUUGCAAGGGCAGGGAAUUUGGGGCUGGGGCUUCAUUCACUAAAGCUGGUGUGGCUUUUCACGAACUCUUCAGCCCAGAAGGAAUGGGCCUAAUGAACAUGUGUCAGGGGAGACUUGCUGGUGAGUCAGUGGUCCUCAGGAUGUUUCUGAAACAUCCAGUGUGUAAAAAGGAAGGUGGAAUGGGAGAUGGUUGGAAUGAAUGAGUAUAGUGGAAGGAUUGGAGCUGGGGCCAUGUGACUGCACUAACUUUGGUAGCUGUCAGUGUGCUGCGACAAGAGUGGGAUGAGGGAGGGAGCCAAGCUGGGGUCAGGCUGCUUGGGGCUUGGCAUAAGGGUGGGAAGGGCUACCUUGGGGCUCUGACCACACCAUAUUAUGUGUAGACCCUGUGGCCUCCUGUCUCCCACUUCUGUGACAAUAAACUGUAGAGGAAUCUGAGCACCAGAUUAAUUUUGGUCUGAGUAUGCUUGUGUCAUACCCUUUUCCUGUCCUCAACUUGCCCAGCACUCACAUUUUUUUCUUAAAGUGACAUAAACUGGGAGACAGCUUAUGUAGCAUAAGUAUUUCACAAAAUAGGACCACUGAAACUGGCUCCAUUCCAGUAUUGUUCUUCAUAUCAUAUGUUUUUAAGCUUGGGAGAGGAGAGUUAAUUAGAUCUAAGAAGACUUCUUUAUCAGUUAUGGUUCCUUGGAAAAGACCAUGGAAUUUCAGAGGAGAUGCCACCAACAUCAUGGUCAUUGAGAAAGAAGCUGACUGGAAUUCUACCCAAAGAUGUCUUGUGACUCACCUUCCUGCAGGAUGCUGUGUUUUAGAUGGCUGGUUCAAUACAGCUAGUAGACCAGGACCAUGAAGUCACUAUAGGGCUUGGGCUGCUCCUAGUUCAUCCCAUUUGGAAGACUCAGGAGGGUCAUGGCCAAGAGGGGGGUUUCCUCUUGGGAAUUCCUCUUCUCCCAUGGAAUCCACGGGAUUUGGGAGCUAGUUAGACUAAAUGCUUCUAAGAAGUAUUUUAACAAAAAUGAAGAACAAUCAUUCAGGGGAAUUCAGGUAUCUUGUGGCUGUUGCAGGUGGGUUCUUGGGUCCUUGAGGUACAAGUAGUAAAAGCGAGGACACACUUUGUAGCAUUAUUGGGUGGGAUAGUACAUGGCUAUUACAAGGUGUUUUACAGAAACCCCAGUUAUAUCCUUUCUUCCAUUCCAGUGAGCUGUGGACUGAUCCACUGGGCUUUGAGUGCUGGUACACUGACAUGGCAUGACAGGGAAGUGAGAAACAGGAUAUGUAUGUGUAUGUGUUGGGGAUGGAACCCAGGGCUUCAUGUGUGCGAGGCAAGUGCUCCAUCACUGAGCCACACCCCCAGCUCUGAGUCUAUUUUAAAUGUGGUAGGUCAGGGUCAAGCAGGACAGAGGCUUUGGGUGAUCAGGUGAGCAGGGUUAUGGAGCUGGCUAUUGGAUGGGUGUUGGGUAACCACACACAGGGUGGUGAAAAGAAGGGGCAUGGCUGGAAUCAUUGGGGUCCUUUAGCUCACAGGCAAAACAUGAGGAAAAGGCAAAGACUCACAGCCAGCAUCAGCCUUUACUAACAACAGAGGCUGCUGUGCUCUGUGGAAGGGGAGGCAGGUCGUUUCUGCUUAUCUGCUGACACAGGUAACACUAUUUGCAGGGUAAUCAUCAGAAGUGGGAGCGAUUACAUUGUGUGUACUUGCGUGUGCUGUGUAUAUCUGCAUGUGUGAAAUGGGUGGUAACUGCGUACUCUUUCCUAUAGAUGUCUCUGCACAAGAAAUCUGUGUUAAGUAGAAGGAAAUGUUUGGCUGGAGUUAGGGAGGGGGUGUUUGCUGUCCUCGACCGACCUACUUUGUUGGUCCUAGACAAUCUGGUCUCACCCAUAGAGACACAGCGCCCCCCUGUGGUUGCCAUGGUUCUUAAUUACUUUACCCAGUUCUCUGGGUUCCUUGCUAAGUUUCCAUGAUCUACAGCCCCACUGUUCUUUGUAGUUCUGCCUUCUAGCUAUACAGGGAGGUCCUCAUUACACUGCCUGCUGCUCUGUCCAUUCUCUCAGAGCUCAGAGGCUCAGAGGGGUGGGGUAUGACUUGGGUUCAGUGACAAACACUGAACCCAAGCUCCUUCCCAAGGAAUGUGAGUGCUUUCCAAACGUUAAGGACAGAUGCUAAGAUAGCUAAGAGAACAUUCAGUGGCAAUGAGGCUUAAACUAGAUGAAAUAGAGCAAAAGAGACUUAUGGUUUCAGCUUGAAUAUUCUGGCUCUCUUUAGACUUUCACUGUGUCUCUACAGGUACAGUCAUACACUGCAUAAUGACCUU